AUGGUCUCACAUCCCUUUUCUCUUUACAUUGCCAAUUCCAGCAUAACCAGCACAAACCUUGGGAACUUUCCCUACACCCUCUCCAUCCUCCCCACAGUCCUCCGUGAAGAAUGGGACACCCCAACCUUCCUCCCCUACCGCGCCGCCUUCGACCCCGAACAUGCCACCUCCCCUUCAACCCUCGAAUCCCACAUCCGCGCCCUAACCGCCUCCGACACCAAACUCCCCGCUCUCAAAUCCCUCCAAGGCUACCUCUUCCGCCGCGGCUACGCCACCGGCGAACUCGCCUGUCCUCUCUUCCCUGACGUCCUUCCCGCCCUCAAGCGCUGGAACGCUGCUGGAAAAAAGGUAGUCAUCUACAGCUCCGGCUCUGUAGAAGCGCAGAAAUUGCUGUUUGAACAUACGACUGAAGGGGAUUUGAGGGGCUGGGUGAAGGGGUGGUAUGAUACGCUUAAUGCGGGGGCGAAGACUGAGGGGGCGAGUUAUAGACGGAUUGUAGAGGAGUGUGGGGUGGAGGUGGGGGGAUGGGUGUUUUUUAGUGAUAGUGUUAAGGAGGUUCGGGCUGCGAAGAGUGUAGGCGUGAGGGCUUAUGUGGUUGUUAGGGAGGGGAAUGCGGGUUUGAGUGUGGAAGAAAAGGAGGGACAGGUUUUGGUGGGGAGUUUUGAGGGGGUUGAGAUUUCGUGA